CAUCGUCCAGAAAGCAAUAGUUCUUUGGUGUCAGUCAGUAGCUUAACAAUUAUUGUCUUAGCUUCAGAACUUGUGUGUGUUAGCCUGGCAAAGUUGCUGGAGUUAAUAAACUAUAUAGAUUCAUUUGCCUACAACGUACAGUUCUGUUAUGGAACUGGACAAAAUGGACGAGAACGACUGGAAAUACCACGGAGAGGGCAACAAAAGCCUAGUGGUUUCUAAUGUCCAGCACGCCAGAGUCCUUCGGCUCCUGAAGUAUUCUACAGAAGAUGCCGAAAACUCGCAUAAGACAACAGAACAAGCUUUUCGCCACAUACAGAACAUAGUUGACUAUAGUCAAAAUGUCAUGAAGCCACUGCUGGGGAGAAAUUCGUCCACAAUGGAGUUCAGCAGGAAAGACCAGUUGGCCCAUGGAAAGUGGAAACGGCUGAGCCGGUACUGUCCCUUAGACCUGUUCUCGGGGAACAAACAGAGAAUGUCCCUAGCCAUCAAGCACUUGAUAGAGGAACCUCAAAACAACUUUAAAAUCUUCAAGGGUGGAGAGUGCAUCUACAGCUGUAAGGAUGAUGCCGACGUGUUGCAGGACCUGGAUGAAUUGGCUCAGCAUCUACGACCAUACUUCCUCCCUAGUGGCAGCCUUAUGAACGGACACCAGUCCAGUAAGGUGGUUCUGAAUGAGUUGAUCCAGGUGAUCGUGAGUGCCCUGUUGAGCUCCUGGGACCCCAGGAAGACUCACCUGUCUGAGGGCAGAGUGAGGUGUGAGGCCAGCCUCCUGCACCGGGACCUGCUACGCAACACUAACCACUGCCUACCCAAAGAUUGUGUCCUGGACAAAAUUCUGGGGACUCAGAUGUUGGAUAAUUUAGACAUCGAGGGGUUAAACCCCCUGUUUAAACGAGUGGAGCGGCAUCUACAGGACUUUCCUAAAGAGAGAAGUAGCCUUCAGAUCGACGGACCGUACAGCCACAGCUUCCUAGAGAAGAUCCAGAAGUGUCCGACUGAAGACGACGGCUCUAUCGAGUAUGCUGUCGGAAAGGUCCACCAGUACAGAGUUGCCAUGACAGCCAAGGACUGCUCUAUCAUGAUCACCAUAGCAACCUGUGGGGAGGAGGACGGGUUGGACCAGAGCCUGGAGAUCCAGCCUUCGAAGCCUCGCUUCACCUACUCCGUAUCCAUCCUAGACCUGGACCCUAAACCCUACGAGAGCAUCCCUCACCAGAGCAGACUGGACUCCAAGAUAGUCAACCACUACCUGAGGAGCACCCUGCCCAACAACCAGGAACUAGCCAAUCAGAGUGUCUUCCUGGGCUGGGACAGAGAAGGAGAGGACUGUACUCUGGUGUUCCAUCCCGUAUAACCACUCCCUCUGCUGUCUGGCCUUCCCGCUUGGUGUUACCUACACUCUCCCUCCCCUGUAGCCUAACCCCUCCGUCCCCCUCCCUUACCCUAACCCCCUCCCUCCCUCCCUCCCCCGUACCUUAACCCCCUCCCU